GGCGGGGCUGCUGCUUGGACACGGCGGGUUUGAACAUGUCGCGCCUGCACCGCGGGGCCGGGCGCGAUCCGCGGGCGGGUUUCGCAGCCGCGAAGGACUCUGGUGCCUCCGUGCCUCAGGGGCUACUGAAGGCGGCGAGGCAGAGCGGACAGUUGAAUUUGUCUGGUCGGAAUCUCAGUGAAGUGCCGCAGUGCGUUUGGAGAAUAAAUGUGGAUAUCCCUGCAGAAGCUAAUCAGAACCUCUCAUUUGGUGCUACUGAAAGAUGGUGGGAGCAGACGGAUUUGACCAAAUUAAUAAUAUCAAACAAUAAACUCCAGUCACUUACAGAUGACCUCCGGCUUUUACCUGCACUGAUUGUUCUUGAUAUACAUGACAAUCAACUGACAUCCCUUCCGUCUGCGAUAAGAGAGCUAGAAAAUCUUCAGAAGCUUAAUGUCAGUCGUAACAAACUGGAAGUGCUCCCUGAAGAAGUGACACACCUAAGAAACUUGAAGACCCUGUAUCUCCAGCAUAAUGCAUUAACUUACAUACCAGAGGGAUUUGAGCAACUUUCCAAUUUAGAAGAUUUAGAUCUUUCGAACAAUUGUCUUACAACCAUUCCUGCUAGUUUUUCUUCUCUGUCCAGUCUGAUGCGACUCAAUCUUUCUAGUAACCAGUUGAAGAGUUUGCCAGUGGAAAUAAGUAGAAUGAAAAGAUUAAAGCAUUUGGAUUGUAAUUGUAACCUCCUGGAAACUAUUCCUCCUGAAUUGGCUGGGAUGGAGUCACUAGAACUGCUUUAUUUGCGCAAGAAUAAGUUACGUUUUCUACCUGAAUUUCCAUCUUGUAGACUAUUAAAGGAAUUGCAUAUAGGUGAAAACCAGAUUGAAGUAUUAGGGGCAGAUCAUCUUAAGCAUCUGAAUUCUAUCCUUGUGCUAGACCUGAGGGAUAACAAGUUAAAAUCUGUUCCAGAUGAAAUUAAACUACUACAGUCUUUGGAAAGGCUUGACCUAAGCAACAAUGAUAUUAGCAGCUUGCCCUAUUCAUUGGGAAACCUUCAUUUGAAAUUUUUGGCACUAGAAGGAAAUCCUUUGAGAACUAUUCGUAGAGAAAUUCUAAAUAAAGGAACUCAAGAAGUCCUGAAAUACCUAAGAAGCAAGAUAAGAGAUGAUGAACCUAGCCAGAGUGACUCUCGUACUGAGACUGCUAUGACACUACCAAGUGAGUCCAGAGUCAAUGUGCACUCUAUCAUCACAUUAAAAUUAUUAGACUACAGUGAUAAGCAAACAGCUUUGAUUCCUGAUGAAGUAUUUGAUUCCGUGAAAGGCAACAUAAUCACUUCUAUUAACUUCAGUAAGAAUCAUCUAUCUGAAAUUCCGAAAAGGAUUGUAGAACUGAAGGAAAUGGUGUCUGAUGUCAAUCUCAGUUUUAAUAAACUCUCCUUUAUAUCCGUGGAGUUAUGUAUGCUUCAAAAAUUGACUUUUUUAGAUCUAAGGAACAAUAUUUUAAAUUUUUUGCCUGAAGAAAUGGAAUCACUGACAAGAUUACAAACAAUCAAUCUGUCCUUUAAUAGGUUCAAAACGUUCCCUGAAGUUCUGUAUCGUAUCCCCACACUAGAAACUGUUCUGAUUAGUAACAAUCAGGUUGGAUCUCUAGACCCUGGGAAAAUGAAGAUGAUGGAAAAUUUGAUCACAUUGGACCUUCAAAAUAAUGACCUCUUACAAAUUCCACCAGAGCUUGGAAAUUGCGUGAAUCUAAGGACAUUACUGCUAGAUGGAAAUCCAUUCCGUGUUCCUCGAGCAGCCAUAUUAAUGAAGGGAACAGCUGCUAUCCUGGAGUAUUUGAGAGACCGAAUUCCUACAAAUUAGUUGUUUCUUAAUCCUUAGGAUAGUAGAACAUUUUGUUUUAGUACCAUCCCAAAGGUAACAGCUAAAAUUGAUCCUACAGUUUCCCAGUAAUUACCUAGACAUUGGUAUAGUUGAGCUGGCUAUAAUCAUUGUCAUUCAAAGUUCUUUUAUUAUUAUUUCAUUUUUCUGAAAUGUCAUGCACAUUUAAAUGAUGUUAAAUGCAUAUAGUCAUGUAAUUUCCUCCAUACAUGUUCUGAAUAUUUUACACAGAAGUUUUCCUACUCAAAUUCAUUUCCUUUUAACAUUGUAAGUACUGUUUUCAAAAGUAUAGUUUAUUUGAUGUGAUUUAAUAUUUUUAUAACAGCAUUUUUGUAGAUUUGGGUUUUUCCCCUUGUUUCUUUUUAUAUUCCAUGUGCUGUGACUAGUUGACUUGAAUAUGAAUAUCCAAUUUCUAUCUUUUUAAUAGAAAUAAAAUGAUUUCCAUUUAAUAUCAUUCUUUGGCUUUAAAAACAUGUAAAACUUUUCAUACCCAUGAUAAGUCUUUUGUAAUGUGAUUAAUCUCAGUUCAAGUUGUGUUUUUUUGUUGUUGUUUUUGGUAGUGGUGAUUUUUUUUUUUUAAUUGUUGUUUUUUUUUGUUAGAUAGUAACUAUGUGGCCCAGGGAGACCUCUAAUGAGUAAUCUUCCUGCCUUAGCCUCCUAAGUUUUGAGAUACAACUUUGUGCCCUGUUUUUAGUAAAAGCUUUGAAUUAGCAUUUAUUAUCUUGAUUUUUUUUUUCUUACUCUAGUGAGUUUUUUGUUUGCUAGCAAUUUAGUGUUUUCCUUCUGUUUUAUGAAAUUAUUUCAUCAGGGGGGCUUACUUUAUAGAAAUGCUACUCAAGUUUUAGGUAUUGGAGAAAGUAGUGUUAUUGGAGAAAGUAGUGUUAUUGUUGCUACUCUCACAAUUUUGGCAUUAAAACAAUAAUAUUUUUAAGUGUUGGUGUUGUUUUCAAGAUGAUAUUCUAGUACUUUUAAUUCAGGAACUUCAAUAAGAUUGGAUCUGCAUAGUUCCUCUCAGUGAAAAGGGGUGUAUUUAAGUACUUUUUGUCUCUUCCAAGAAAAUAAAAUUGAAUUCCUUAUCUUAUUAAUCCUACAGAAAACAGAGACCAAUGAGUAGUCUAUAUUAUAUAGAAGUCUCAAAGAGUACUUUGCUUUAACACUUACAAAGCAGGUAUAUUUGUAUACUUGCUUUUAUAACAUACCUCUGGGUAGGUUUUAAUGAAGCUCUGUAUAGAUUUUUCUUUCUGGCACCUUAAUUUUGAGAUUUGCUUGCUGUUAUCAAGACUGAACUUGCAGUUAUAAAGUUAUUUUGUAAAAGAAAUUUUGUAUAGAUUGACUUAAUAAAACUCAAAUAUAAACAAUUUCGUUUAUCCCAAAUUACCAGAAUUACCAUAUGAUUCUAUUAAGUAGCCAAGGGAGUAGCAUGUAUAUCAGUAGAUAGAUAGAUAGAUCGAUAGAUAGAUGCACAGAUAGAUAGAUACAGAAAAUUUUAGAUUAAGGCAUGCUUAUAUUAUGAAAAAUCAUUGUUAAUAAAGAUACUACAUGUUCAUAAUAAAAAUUACAUUUUUCAAAUAUCAA